UGACAGGCAUAGAGUCCAUGGACCAAUGUCGUCACACAUUGGAGCAGCACAACUGGAACAUAGAGGCAGCUGUACAGGACCGACUGAAUGAGCAAGAGGGUGUCCCAAGUGUCUUUAAUCCUCCUCCAUCGCGGCCAUUGCAGGUCAAUACAGCUGACCACAGGAUCUACAGCUACGUUGUCUCAAGGCCACAGCCAAGGGGCCUGUUAGGAUGGGGUUACUACUUCAUAAUGCUUCCAUUCCGAUUUACCUAUUACACAUUACUUGAUAUAUUUAGGUUUGCUCUGCGUUUUAUACGCCCCGAUCCUCGUAGUCGGGUCACUGACCCAGUGGGUGACAUUAUUUCGUUUAUUCAUAUGUUUGAGGAAAAAUAUGGGAGGAUACACCCUGUCUUCUACCAGGGAACUUACAGCCAGGCACUGAAUGAUGCCAAGCGGGAGCUGCGCUUCCUGUUGGUUUAUCUUCAUGGAGAUGACCACCAAGACACAGAUGAAUUCUGCCGCAAUACACUGUGUGUACCUGAGGUGAUCACCCUCAUAAACACUAGAAUGCUCUUCUGGGCUUGCUCAACCAAUAAACCAGAGGGAUACAGAGUCUCCCAAGCUCUGCGAGAGAACACGUACCCAUUCUUGGCUGUGAUUAUGCUGAAGGAUCGCAGAAUGACAGUAGUUGGGCGGCUAGAAGGCCUCAUCCAGGCUGAUGACCUCAUCAAUCAACUGAUGUUCAUCAUGGAUGCCAACCAGACAUACCUGGUGUCCGAACGUCUGGAAAGGGAAGAGAGGAACCAAACCCAAGUUCUGAGGCAGCAGCAGGAUGAGGCAUAUCUGGCAUCCUUGCGUGCGGACCAGGAAAAGGAGCGCAAGAAGAAGGAGGAACGGGAGAGGAAGAAGAAGAAGGAGGAGGAAGUGCAGCAGCAAAAACUAGCAGAGGAGAGGCGGCGACAGACACUGCAGGAGGAGAAGGAGCGGAAGUCUGAAUGCCUUCCUCCCGAACCACAUCCCGAUGACCCAGAGAGUGUUAAGAUAAUUUUCAAGCUGCCUAAUGAUUCCAGAGUGGAGCGGCGAUUCCACUUCACACAGUCAUUGACGGUGAUCCAUGACUUCUUGUUUUCCUUGAAAGAAAGCCCUGAAAAGUUCCAGAUUGAGGCCAACUUCCCUCGCCGUGUCCUGCCCUGCCUCCCUACAGAGGAGUGGCCCAACCCACCCACGCUGCAGGAGGCCGGACUCAGCCACACGGAAGUCCUCUUUGUGCAGGACCUCACGGACGAUUGACACUUUUCCAGAAGACACAAAAUGGAAAGAGAAAUUCAUAUUAUUAUUAUAAUACAAUAUUUUUUUUAAAAGACUGCGUACAAAUGAGGGAUCAGAGACCACAUUGCCUGUGCCAGCUGUGCUGUGUGUGUGCACUGGCAAGAGGAAGUGUGUGCACAUCCUCACACACCUGUGUACACAGCCAUCCCCUACACUUGGAGGGCAGAGAGGGAGGGGAGCUGGUGUUGCCCCUCCACCCUCCCUGGGGAGGAACAGGAAUGGCAGCUCUUGGUAAUUAUUGCUUUUAUUGACAACAAUAAUAAUAAAACCCCAACAACCUGACAUCUUGUGAAGAUUUGAUACUCUGCUGCUCCUGAUGGCUGGAAGACCGGGCACCUGAAUGUGCUGGGAGUGGGAGGGAAGGGCUGGAUAGAAUCUCUUCAGCUUCCCUCUGUGUAUAAAUAUCUUUCUUUUAAUAGUUCUCUUGCUUUGUAAUGACCAAAGGAGAAUGGGGUUGACUAUAGUAUUAACUUUUUGAUAAAGAGCUGGUUUGAUUCUUACCCGUGUGGGGUCUUGCCCAGGGUUCUUAGCCUGUGUAGUGUAAUAAACUCUGCCUCUAGCA